GUAGGCAGAAAAAGGUUACAGGUUACAGGUUGAACUAUGGGUUAACUAACCAAUUGAAGAUUCAUACCAAUGACUCAUAUUUACUCGACGAUAAAGAAUGAUUGCGAAAAGACAUGAAUAUACGUAAUAAAGAUCUGCAAAUAAUUUAACAUGGCCCAACCCAUGUACAGUAAAGUGGACGAAUAUGGUUUCGAGAGAACCGAAAAUUUUAACUAUCAAUUCCAUUCGGAAUUUAUGGAGAAAUAUAUGCGUAUUUUGGUCAGGAGAGGAAUGAGAUGGGCUACACUUAAGGGAAAAAACAAAUAUGCAAAGGGUGGCAAAUUGAAGAGGUUCAUAAGAAAAGGUGUUCCAAUUGAUUUAAGGGCUGAGGUGUGGAUGCACGUCUCUGGAGCACAAGCUCGUAAAGAAUCAAAUCCCAUAUCAUAUACUGAUCUCAAGAAAAAAAUUAAUAAUCCAGCUCUCAUAGAAAUGAUCAAGAUUGAUCUGCCUAGGACUUUCCCAGAUAAUAUAAACUUUUUAAGUCAAGAAUAUCUAAUUAAACAAAUGUUCGACGUUUUAGCAACUUUUGCACACCAAAAUAGUGAUGUUGGUUAUUGUCAAGGUCUGAACUAUAUUACAGGAUUACUUCUACUCGCAACAAAAAAUGAGGAAGUAUCCUUUUGGCUUUUAAAGGAGCUUGUUGAAAACAUACUCCCCAAAUAUUCAGUCACUAAUAUGUCUGGUUUACUCGUAGAUUUAGAUGUUUUAGAUGAAUUGGUCAAGAAAUUUGAUCCAGAAAUUCAUGCACAUGUACAUAAAAUCGGAAUGCCUUGGGCUAUGGUUACUACCAAAUGGUUUAUUUGUCUUUUUGUUGAAGUUCUACCUACAGAAACUGUUCUGAGAAUAUGGGAUUGUAUUUUUUAUGAAGGUUCUAAAAUAAUCUUCAGAGUAGGAUUAACAUUAAUCAAAUUACAUAGAGAUGAAAUUUUACGUACCAAAGAAUUAAGCGAACUCAUUGAAUGUUUUAAAGAGAUAAGGAAUCAUAAAGAAGUAAUGGAUUGCCACCAAUUUAUGAUGAAUAUUUUCAAGAUGCCUGGAAAGAUAACAGACAAUGAAUUGCAGAGACUUAGAUUGAAAUACAGUAAAACACAAAACCAAAGAUGAUAUCAAAGUAAUUUUUCAACUAGAGCUAUAUACAUUACAUUAUACAUUGUUUUUACAGUAAAUAAAUUGCUAUUGCAUUAU